GUUCAGCGGAGCAGGCUGGAUUUAGUCGAAGGUUCACGUGGAAGACGAUUAAUUCAUUGCUUUAAAGAAAACUGAAAAACAGCGUUGGCAGGACUGAGGACUUCAGAACGGCGGCCAGGGGGAGGAUGGCGUCAUCGUCAGCUGGUGGAACAAACCCAAUGACACGGAAAAAAGUGGGAAUUUCGAAAACUGUUGAUCGAAUGGAGGCUGAGCACGGCUGUUCCGUGAGUGGGUCAGAAGUAGGCGGGUGGGGUGACCUUCGUGAAUUGGAGGAGGAAGCUGAAUUAGGAAUGGAGCUAAGUGAGCCAGAGUCUGCGAACAAGUCUGCCGGGAGGAACAAAAGGGUGAGGAACGAUAGCGUUAGCAGUGAUGAUCUUUUUGGUGCAUCUGGAGAUAAGGUUGAUAGUUAUAUAGUUGUAUUGAGGUUUCAUGACAAGCCAGUAUCAAGAAGCUGAGUCCAUUUGUAUUGACGACGGCCCUGGGUAACAAGCUAGGGGAUAUUAAGUCUGCGAAAAUCCUUGGUGAUGGGAACCUGCUAAUACAUUGUGUGGAUGAGGAACAGCUUAACAAAGCACUUACUCUGAAAGAGUUGGGGAAACUGAAGGUGGAAAAUUCGGGAAGAGUGGGGACCCGGAGAGGAAAUGGGAGCAGGGGAGUCAUUACAGGGGUCCCAGUGUCUGUUUGUUUAAAGGACCUUAGGGAUAAUAUAAAAGGAGGGAAGGUUGCUAAUCUUGAAAGGCUGAAGUCCUCAAGAGAUGGUUCUAGAGUGGAUAGUGAAAGCAUUUUGAUUGAGUUUGUGGAAGAAGUUCUACCUACAAAAGUUUUUCUGGGAUUUAUUAGCUUCCCUGUGAGAGCAUUUGUUCCAAAGCCACUGAGGUGCUAUAAUUGUCAACGCUUUGGCCACAUAGCAAGAAACUGCAAAGAUAAGAGAAGAUGUGCUAGGUGCGGGGGCGAUCAUGAGUAUGGGAAGUGUGGAGCAGGAGUGCAACCGAAAUGCUGUAGUUGUGGAGGGACGCAUAGUGUUGCAUAUACUGGGUGUGAACGAAUGAAACAGGAACGCCUUGUUCAGAAAGUGAGAGUGGAAAGGAACAUUUCAUACGCUGAAGCUGUUAAAGCUACACGAAUGAGGGCACACAACAGUAUGGAUGUUGAGCAGGGACCACGUGUGGUACAGAGGCAGCCUCAGGUAAAUGCUGAGGUUGUUGUCCUUGAUAAAUUGGCUUUGGUUACAUUCAUUGCUGGAGUGAUAAAUGCUACGGCGGGUAUCCCAUCGAAGAAUGAAAAGAUUCAGGUCAUAGUCAAAGCAGCUAUCAAUCAUUUGGGAUUAGAAGGACUGACAUGGGAAGAAGUGAGGGACAACCUCAAUCAUCAGUCAAGCCAGGAGACAUAAUGUUUUCUUUUCUCAUCAUGGUUUUUCUUCUUCAAUGGAAUGCCAGAAGUUUACUGGCUAACGGUCAGGAAUUCAAACAUUUCAUAAGAGAAAUGCAUGUCAAGCCUGAUGUUGUGUGUGUGCAGGAGACAUGGCUUAAACCUUCAUUGGAUUUUGGGAUGUGUGGGUACACUGUAUUAAGACGUGACAGGAAUAAUGGGGUGGGUGGAGGAUGCGCUACGUUUAUUAAAAGUGGCAUUCCAUACAGACUCUUAGGAACAGGAAGUGUUCUGGAGUAUGUAGCGGUUGAAAUAUGGGAAAAAGGUGACCCAAUUACUGUAAUAAUUUUUAUAAUCCAUGUGCCAGGUUGGAGCUGCAGAGUUUGAUGAGUAUUGAAGGCCGGGGUCAGAGACGGGUUAUAUGGUGUGGGGAUUUUAAUGCCCAUAGUACGGUUUGGGGAAGUGUACAUACGGAUACUAAUGGCAGGGUGAUUGAAGACCUGAUGGAUGAAUGUGAGCUUGUUUGUUUGAAUGAUGGCAGGGGAACCAAGUGGAAUACUACAAGUGGCACAGAGUCAGUGUUGGAUCUAACCUUAGUGUCAUUGGGUCUAGCAGGAAUAAGUCGGUGGACCACAAGACCAGAUUCUCCAUUGGGGAGUGACCACUACCCAGUUUUUACUUCAGCUGGUGAUAAGAUUCAGGUAACAGCCAGGACAGGAAUACAGACAUGGUGUUUUCACAAGGCUGACUGGGGAAAGUUUCGGUUACGAUGUGAAGAAGCUGUGGAGGGUGUCGGUGUUUCAAACAGUGUAGAUGACCUUAAUAGGAAGUUUACGGACGCCGUAGUGAUGGCAGCACUGUCAACCAUCCCUGUGAGUAAAGGCAGAAAAUGCAGGCUAUUAGUGCCUUGGUGGACAGAAGAGUGUCAACAAGCUAUUAAAGACCGUAACAAAGCACUUAAAUUACUCAAAAACACUCUUAAUUUGACAAAUCUUGUUCGGUACAGGAGAGCUCAAGCAAAGGUCAGAAAGACUGUAAAACAGGCAAAGAAGGUUAGCUGGAGGAUAUUCUGCUCUAAAAUAGGGCGGUCGACUCCAGUGGGAGAUGUAUGGGGAAUGGUUAAGAGGAUGGGAGGUGACAGGCGAGAAUGGGAUUAUCCUGUGUUAAUGUCAGGACAGGAGACUGCUAUUUCUGAUCAGGAGAAAGCAGAAAUCCUGGCCAAACAUUUUUCAGAGGUUCAUAGCUCUGGCAACUUAUCAGAGAGGGCAAGACUGAGGACGGAACAGACGAAAGAAAAGCACCUGGAUGCUCUAGUGAAGCAAACCAAUACGGAUCAUGAUUUGGAUGCAGUGUUUACUAAGGGAGAAAUGUUGAGGGCAUUAAAAGCUGCUAAGCCAACAGCCCCAGGGAAGGAUCAAAUUUGUUAUCUAAUGUUGAAGAAUCUUGGUGAAGAGGCUCUCGCAAAACUGUUGUCUUUAAUGAACAGCAUUUGGAUUCAGGGGGAGCUUCCGUGUGCCUGGAAAGAUGCAAUAAUAAUUCCAAUUAGGAAGCCUGGUAAAGACCCAACGAAACCAGGUAGCUAUAGGCCUAUUGCACUAACGUCUAAUUUGUGUAAAUUGAUGGAACGGAUGAUUUCAGCAAGACUAUCCUUUGAACUUGAAAGACGAGGAGUGUUAGCCAGUUACCAAAGUGGUUUUAGGAAGGCUAGAAAUACAGUGGAUGCAGUGAUCAGGCUAGAAGAUGUCAUUAGGAAAGCACAAGUAAGCAAUGAUUCUGUUUUGGCAGUAUUUUUUGAUAUAGAAAAGGCAUAUGAUAUGUUGUGGAGGGAGGGCCUCUUGAUUAAGUUAAACAGACUUGGGAUUGGUGGCAGGACCUUUAACUGGAUUAAGGACUUUCUUUUUGGGAGACGAAUUCAGGUGAGAAUUGGAUCGGCACUGUCUACUCAGUUUGAUGUGGAAAAUGGUACACCUCAAGGAAGUGUAAUCAGUCCUCUGCUUUUUCUUGUCAUGAUUAAUGAUGUGUUUACGUCAGUCUCUGGAGGGAUUGGCCGGUCCUUGUUUGCAGAUGACGGUGCUUUGUGGAAAAGAGGUAGAAACCUUGAUCAUAUAGUGGGCAAGGUUCAGGAUGCUGUCAAUCAGGUUGAGGAGUGGGGGUAUGAUUGGGGGUUUCGAUUUUCGGUUGAAAAGACUAAAGUGGUAUUUUUCACACGGAGGAAAGUGAACCCAAACUUGAAACUGAGGUUGUAUGGAGAGGAAAUUGAGCGGGUUAGUUCCUUUAAGUUUUUGGGAGUUAUUUUUGAUGCACGCUUGACCUGGAAGAAGCACGUUGACAAUAUUGAGAGCAAAUGUAAGAAGGUGAUAAAUGUGAUGAGGUGUGUAGCUGGGAGGGACUGGGGGGCUAGUUGCUCAGCCCUGAAAAGGAUAUACCAGGCAUUAAUUAAGUCUGUGCUUGAUUAUGGGAGUGUGGCUUAUGGUUCAGCAGCGCCUUCUGUUCUGAAACGGUUGGAUGUACUGCAAGCACAGGCUCUGAGAGUGUGCUGCGGAGCUUUUAGAACGACCCCAGUUAAUGCAUUACAAGUGGAGAUGAACGAAAUACCUCUUUGUCUGAGACGGAAACAAAUUGCAUUAAAUUAUUGGCUGCAUCUUGCUGGUCAUGGGGAAUCAUUCCCCACUAAAGAAGUGAUUAUGGACUGCUGGGAGAAUGGCAGGUCUCAGAGGAACCACUUUGGUGAAAUGGGAAAUUUGCUUGCAAAGGAUUGUGGUGUUUAUGAUUUACAAAUCUGUCCUGUACUGGUUUUCCCUAUAACUUCACCAUGGAUGUUUGUGUACCCAGAUGUAGACUGGUGCCUUUUAGAUUUGAAAAGGGAGAGUAAGGGGAGAGGGGAUCUGAAGGGAGCUUUUCAUUUUUUUAGCCAGCUGGCAUAUGCAGAAUUCACUCAGGUAUUUACUGAUGGAACAAAGAAUCCAGACACAGGCAUAACGGGAUUCGGAGUGGCUGUUCCGAGUAAAAACGUAGGUAUAAACAGGCGCACUUCAGAUCGACUGGGAGUAUAUACAGUGGAAAUGUUGGCGGUAUUGGUUUCUUUAAAGUGGGCUGAACUAACUAAAGUGGACAGGGUGCUGGUCUGUUCUGAUUCGGCUUCAGUUCUACAAAGUAUUGAAACAUUUAAUUCAAAAUCUAGGCAGGAUAUUCUAAGUGACGUGUUAAUGACGUGUUCCAGAAUCUAUAGAAAUGGUGGUGUAGUUAAUUUUUUGUGGGUGCCGGCUCAUGUUGGAAUUAGGGGGAAUGAAAUGGCAGACAGAUUGGCAAAGGCAGCUCUAAAUAAGACCAGAGUUGAAAUGAACUUAUGGAGCAGUUAUACAGAAGCAAAGAGUUUGGUUUGGGAGGAGAUAGGCAAGGAGUGGCAACGGCUAUGGGAUGCAGGUGAAAAAGGGAGGCACUUGUACAAUAUCAAAAAUGAGGUGGGUGAGGAUCGUAUGCAUGGGGGUCAUAGGAGAGAGGAAAUUGUCCUCACAAGACUUCGUUUAGGGCAUUGUGGUCUUAAUGGCACACUUCACCUUAUAGGGAAGCACGGGACAGGGCAGUGUGACAUAUGUCAAGAGGAGAGGGAGACAGUUGAGCAUGCCCUGUUAAGGUGCAGGGGAUAUGCUGUGGAAAGGGGAGAUCUGGAGGAGAAGUUGAAGGUUCUUGGUUUUCAGGAGAUUAACCUGAAGAGUGUAUUAAGUUGUAGUAAUAGAGGCCAAGUAGGAGCGUUGGUGGCUUUUUUGAAAUCUUCUGGUAUCUAUAACAGGGUAUAGAUAUUUGGGUGGUGGUGGUGGUGGUGGCGGGGAAUUUAAAACAAAACAAACAAAAAAAAAAAACAGUACCUAGGUGGUGAGAUUGAAUUCUGACCCAUACUCCGGAACAGUAGGUGGCGGAAAUGCACCUUUAAGUUGGUUGCCAGCCGCCGAAAAACCACAAAAAGAAGAAGAAGACCCGGAAGUAAACAGCUCGUGGCGCUAGCAGGUUAGCAGUUAGCAGCAUUAGCUUGUGCAUCGAGGACGGCGGUGUUUUGUUGGGACGUUUUUGAAGAUUCUAAGGAGAUUUAGCGAUAGGUGGUUCUGUGUCGUAAAUGAGCGACGAAGUGUUGAACGUAAAAACAACGUGGCUGUGAUUGUGAGACUAGCAGAUAAUCGGAGCUGCUGGCGUUCAGAGGACUUUGGUGUUUGUUGGAGCUGAAGAUCUUUUGCAGCUGCAGGAAGCAUGUCUUCCCUUCAGUCUCUGAAAGGGUUGAUCAAUGAGCGACUCGCUGCUGCUGCUGAAGAAAUCUUCAGACUCUGUGAAGGAACCAUCGUCCAGUACGAGCAGGAGCUCUGUCGUCAGCGCAGACCGCCUGACAUCACCUGGAAACCGCAGCCUCAGCUCAACCACAAAGUUCUCCCACAGCAGUCUGUGAAUGAAGAGGAAGAUCUUGGCUACCAGCAGAGGAGCUUCAGAGUAGAAGAGAAAGAUCCAGAACCUCCACAGACUAAAGAGGAACUGAAAGAGCCAGAACUUCUACAGAUCAAAAAGGAGCAGGAAGAGCGAGAGCCUCUACAGACUGAAGAGGAACUGCAGGAACCAGAACUUCUACAGAUUAAAGAGGAACAGGAGGAGCUCUGCAUCAAACAGGAUGAAGAUCAGCUUGAUCUGAAGCAGGAGACUGAAACCUCGAUGGAGAUUCCCACUUAUGAGGAAAAGGAGAACAGUGAAGCAGAUCUGAACAAUCAGCAGAGCUUUAAUGGAACUGAUAGUCAGGAGGAAGAAGGAAACCAACAGGAAGAGUCAACUACAGAUGUAGAGACAGAUGUGGACAUCUCUCACAUGUCAGAAAGUGAGUGGGACUCUGAUGUUGCUAAAAAUUCAAAGAAGUCAUCUUUGGCCAAGAAACGCAAACCAUCUCCAAAAGAAAAACAACUUUCCACUAUAAAGUCAGAUGGAAGCUCAGUAAUUGAGACUUCUCACGUAGACAAAGAGAUUACUGACUCUGAUAACAAACAUGCCUUUAAAGAGUGCAGAAGACGUUUUUUUAAUGUUCCCAAAAGAAUCCAUACAGGAGAGAAGCGUUUUUCUUGUAAAGAAUGUGAUAGACGUUUUUGGAACAAUUCUAAUCUGGAAGCACACAUAAGAACUCACACAGGAGAGAAGCCUUUUUCUUGUACGGAAUGUGACAGACGCUUUUGUCAAAAAUCUGAUGUCAAAUUACACAUGAGGGUUCACACAGGAGAGAAGCCCUUUUCUUGUAGAAUUUGUCAAAAAAGCUUUAGUUGGAUAUCUAAUCUCAGAAGACACAUGAGAACUCACACAGAAGAGACGCCUCUUUUUUUAACAGAAUCUAAUGACAGUUUUCGUAAAAUUUCUCAUGUCAAAUCAUACAUUAGAACUCAUGCAGGAGAUAAGCCUUUCUCCUGUAAGGAAUGUGAAAAAAGUUUUAGACGAAAAGCCGGUUUAAACUCACACAUGAGAACUCACACAGGAGAGAAGCCUUUUUCCUGUAAUGAUUGUGAUAAAAGUUUUAGUUCUAGAUCUAAUCUGAGUAGACAUAUGCGAAUUCACACAGGAGAGAAGCCUUUUUCUUGUAAAGAAUGUGGCACAAGUUUUAGAUGGGUUUCUGAUCUCAAAUCACACAUGAUGACUCACAGGAAAAAAGCAUUUUUCUUGUCAGCUUAAGAAAGGAUUCAGCAUAAACUCAAGAAAGCUCACAGCAUAGAACUUUUGAAUGGGUUUAACUUUAAACUAACCAUAAAUAUACUAUAAAUUAUUAUUAUUAUUAUUAUUUUUUGACAGAUUAGGAACGUCAUUUUUAUUUACAAUUAUGGCAUGGCAAAAGGCAACUAUCACUCCAGUGUUCUAAUGGUACAUUGCGUUUGCUCAUUGUGUCAAAAAGCUAACAAAUGAUUAGAAAACCCUUUUUGUAAUCAUGUUAGCACACCUGUAACCAGCUUGGAUGGUUAGAGAAGCAAUGAAACAGACGUUCUGACCUGCCAGAAAUGGCCAAGAAACUUAAGCUUUCCUUCAACGGGUUUUACUGCUCUCUUUAGAGAAUAGCACAAACAGGCUCUAACAAGAGUAGAGAUAGCAAUGGGAGGCCCUGCUGUACAACUGAGCAAAAAGAUAAGUAUAUUAGAGUCUCCACUUUGAGAAAAAGAUGCCUCACAGGCCCUCAACUGGCAGCUUUUUUACAUAGUACCCAUAAAACACCAGUGACAACAUUGAAGCUUGAAGGAAAUGGUCGGUUUCUUGGCAAUUUCUCUCUUGGAACUGCCUUCAUUUCUAAGAGUGGUUUUAGACUGGACACAUUUGGUUUAAUUAAACUUAACCAGAGUAUGUUUCCCACAAUAAUCCAUAGCAAUUUUUUUGUCUGAAUACACCCAAGCAGACGCUGGUCCAGGAUCAGAAAGUUCUCUCUGACCCACGUUUUGAAGUGGUCUCCUUUGGGUUCUAAUCAGACUGAGCUUGUGCUCCCUUUGGGAUUUCUCUGUCUGAAUAUGCUGAGACGGGAACAACUGAAUCAUUGGAACUGUACACAGGUGUGUACAGGAUGUAAACACAGUAGUGGCGCAACAAUAAAACACAGCAGCUUGUUUAAAUGUGGUUGAAGGAAUUUAGGCUCAUCAAAACAUCUUUUAAGGUGACACACAUUGCUUCUCACACCAUUUUCCCAGCGAUCUAUAUGUCAUAGGCACUCAUCAGUGUACCUUCUUGGCCGUCAUCUUCUCAGUAACCACCCUGCAGCAUGCGUCUACCGUAUCAGAGUCGCACUUAAGUGUUGUACCUGACGUUGAUUUAGGCAUUCAAAAUUGGUCUACAAAAUCUUAAGUUUGAAUAAGUGAAAUAUUCUGAUAAGGAUUUCCAGACGUAGGGUUUCAUUAUUCUGUCUCAUUGUUUUACCCCACCCUCGUAAUUCCUUGCAAAUGACUGAAGAGAUCUUUGGUCAUGUGGUUUUAUUUGAAAGCUUUAUUUAGAAACUAGAAUCUCUAUUAGAUACCAAUCUGAAUACAGACCAAAUGAAAGGUUUAGGACUCGAUCCAGACCAAAUUAAGCAGACUCAAGUCUGGACCAAUGGAUUUUUCCAGUCUGAAUUAAUCCUAAGAACAACCGUAGACUUUUGGUUUCUCUUGAAAGUUCUCUUUUUCUGGGUAUUUUGAGCUUUUAAUCAAUCCCACAAACAUCAUGCUCGAGAAACUGAACUACUCAAAGGAAGGUCAGUUUUCUUCUCUAACCAGCCUAACUGUUUUCACCUGUGCUAACGUGAUUACACAAGGGUUUUCUAAUCAUCUGUUCACCUUCUGACAAAAUGAGCAGAUUGUACGAUUAGAACACUGGAGUGAUAGUUGCUGUAAAUGUACCUCGACUCACUUAUGUAGUCAAUGCAACAAAAAACAGACAUUUGCUGCUAGAAGAGUCAUAAUUUAAUCAUUUACCCUAGAGUUAAUAUUUGAUUAGUUAAAGUGAUAUUUCUCGAAAAAGCUAGUGCUUUUCAAAUUUUCUUAAGUCUGUUUUGUGUAGAACAUAUAAUAUAUAUAUAUAUAUAUAUAUAUAUACAAAUGUUUGAUUCCUUUGUUAUGAUUUUCGGGCUGCAUGGUGGCACGGUGGUUAGCGCUCUUGCCUCACAGCGAGGAGGCCCCGGUUCAAAUCCCGGCUGGGACCUUUCUGUGUGGAGUUUGCAUGUUCUCCCCGUGCAUGCGUGGGUUUUCACCGGGGAUUCUGGCUUCC